AUGUCAGAGAGAGACUCAUUAGUGAAGGACUCGUUGCAUGAGUUGAUUGGAUUCGUGGACAAGUCGACCGUCAGGUUUGUCAACCAUCUGAUCGACAAGUCGGCCGACAUCGAAGAGUUCAAGACUAAAGUGAAGAAUGCUUUGGGAACCGAUGAUCACCAAAAGGUGGACAACUUCUCGCACGAGUUGUGGAGUCAGUUGAGGCCUAAUAGGAGUCAAACGAAACGCAGACUUAAGACUAAAACCAUCGAAGAAGUAGAGGAAAGGGUUGAUUUGACGCCACACGAGACAAAUGCCUCGCAAAAGAGUGGUUCCAAAGGGACAGACAGUUCGCGGAGAGGCUAUGAAAGCGACGAAUCGAUGGAUUCUUCGGAAGAGGAAAGGGUUCGCGAUUUGAAAGAAAGGGACGAAUUCUCCGAAAGACUUAAACUCAAGGAUAAGAAUAAGACGCGAAAUAUCGCCACAAAUAAUGACAAGAAGUCGUACGAAGAGGCGGCCAAACGGCUGAAACUGGAGGCCGAAGACCGCAAGAAAAUUGUGCCCAAACUGAGGGUUGAGUCGAGACGACUGUAUUUGGAAAAGAGAAAAGAAGACAAAUUAGCUCUUCUUGAGGGAGACAUCGCUGACGAGGAAUAUCUGUUUAAUGACGUGAAUCUGACGGAGAAAGAGAAGGCAGGACUCGAGUACCGGAAGAAAGUGUUGCAUUUGGCGCGAGAGCACGACAGGGCCCGCGAUCUCGAGAAAGUGCAGAGAUAUCACAUCCCCAGCGAAGACAAGGACAGUGAGUACGUGGAAGUGGACGACACGGAAAGGGCGCCGAACGCCGAGCAGAAGAAGUGGGAGGAAGAGAGACUCGGAAUCGCGAGACUCCGGUUCGGCGCCAAAGACGCCAAUCGAAAGGCGAGGAAGGAAUACGAGUUAGUAAUGGACGCAGAGAUUGAAUUCGUGCAGUCGUUGACCAUCGAUGGCAACCACUUUGAAGAGGAAGACGAAGAGAAGGACGAGAAGAAGACAAAGCGACAAACCCUUGAUGAGACGAGACGUUCGCUCCCUAUAUAUCCGUUUAAGGAAGAGCUGAUUGAAGCGAUUAGAGAGCAUCAGGUGCUCAUCAUUGAGGGCGAGACCGGCUCUGGAAAGACCACUCAAAUCCCGCAAUACUUACAUGAGUCGGGCUUUUGUAAUGACAACAAAAAGGUCGGUUGUACUCAACCGCGUCGAGUGGCGGCCAUGAGUGUGGCGGCGCGGGUGGCCGAGGAGAUGGGCGUCAAACUGGGCAAUGAAGUCGGUUACAGCAUUCGGUUCGAGGACUGCACGAGUGAGCGAACUGUCCUUAAAUACAUGACCGACGGAAUGCUUUUAAGGGAAUUCCUGUCCGAACCGGACUUGUCUUCGUAUUCGGUUAUCAUUGUAGACGAAGCGCACGAACGGACACUCCAUACGGAUGUGCUCUUCGGACUCGUCAAAGAUAUCGCCCGCUUUAGGCCUGACCUCAAGCUCUUAAUCUCUUCGGCGACACUCGACGCACAAAAGUUCAGUGAGUUCUUCGACGACGCGCCUGUGUUUCGUAUACCCGGCCGUCGAUUUCCUGUCGACAUAUACUACACGAAAGCACCGGAAGCCGAUUACAUAGAAGCCUGUGUUGUGACUAUUCUUCAGAUCCAUGUGACCCAACCUUUAGGUGAUGUUCUGGUGUUCCUUCCGGGACAGGAAGAGAUAGAACAGACUCAGGAAAUACUUCAGGAAAGACAACGCAAAUUAGGCUCUCGAAUACGUGAACUCCUCAUAAGACCCAUUUACUCCAACCUACCCACUGAUAUGCAGGCACAGGUGUUUGAGCCCACGCCCCCUAACGCCCGCAAAGUAGUGCUCGCAACCAAUAUCGCCGAGACAUCCCUUACCAUUGAUAACAUUCUGUUUGUAAUAGACCCGGGAUAUUGUAAACAAAAUAGUUUUAAUCCGCGCACAGGAAUGGAGUCUCUAAUAGUAGUUCCCAUUUCUAAAGCCAGUGCUAAUCAAAGGGCUGGUCGUUCCGGUCGAGUGGCGGCGGGAAAGUGUUUCCGACUGUUCACUGCGUGGGCGUAUCAGCACGAACUCGAAGACAAUACCAUUCCUGAGAUACAAAGAGUUCAUUUGGGAAAUGUUGUCCUCACUCUCAAGAGUUUAGGCAUUAAUGAUAUCUUGCACUUUGACUUCUUAGACCCUCCGCCUCACGAGACACUCGUCUUAGCGUUGGAACAGUUGUACGCUUUGGGAGCACUCAACCAUUUGGGUGAACUCACUCGACUCGGCCGACGAAUGGCUGAGUUUCCCGUCGAUCCCAUGAUGUCUAAGACAUUGAUUGCUUCUGAGAAGUAUGGCUGCAGUGAAGAGAUUGUGACCAUAUCUGCGAUGUUGAGUGUGAACGCAUCGGUAUUCUAUAGACCCAAAGAUAAGGCCAUUCACGCGGACACCGCCAGAAAGAACUUCUUCCAGAUGGGCGGCGAUCACCUGAUGCUCGUCAACGUCUACAACCAAUGGGCGGAAUCCGGUUAUUCGCGGCAGUGGUGUCUCGAGAACUUUAUUCAGUACCGAUCCAUGUGUAGGGCCCGGGAUGUCAGGGACCAGUUGGAGGGACUCAUGGAAAGAGUGGAAAUAGAGCUCAAGUCGUGCGAUAGCGACAACAUUGUCAUCAGGAAAGCUAUCACUUCUGGCUAUUUCUACCACACGGCCAGAAUCUCGAGGACUGGCGGACAAUACAAGACAGUGAAGGGUCAGCAGACGGUUCUCAUUCAUCCCAACUCUUCCCUGUUUGAGGAGAAGCCGCGUUGGCUUCUGUACCACGAAUUGGUUCUCACGACCAAAGAAUAUAUGCGACAAACCAUUGAAAUCGAGUCCCAAUGGCUUCUGGAAGUGGCGCCGCAUUACUAUAAGGACAGAGAGCUCGAGGACUCAACCAAUAAGAAAAUGCCAAAACAAUUGGGAAAAUCUAAUAAUGACUUGAAUAGAGUUUAUCCGAAGUUAUAG